AUUUUGCCAUUUCCAGGGAGGUUACGCUGCAGAGAUCAUCACCAUGAGGACUUACAUGCUGAUCUGUGCAUUGGCCGGACUACUCCUGAAAACCUCCGGCCAAACUGUAUCCAAAUCAAGUACUACGUCCACAGAAACGUCAGCACUGAGUCAAUCAAGUCCCACUGAAAAAGUGGCUGUAACCAGUGCAACAAUUCACAGUCAAUCAAGAACAACCGAAACAGGCGCUGCAACCAAUGCAACAAGUCACAGUCAAUCAAGUACAACCGAAACAGGCGCUGCAACCAGUGCAACAAGUCACAGUCAGUCAAGCACCAGUGAAGCAAGUGUUCCGGGUGUUACAAGUGGGACUAAGCCAAGUUUCAAUGAAACAACAGAAUCAACUGUUGUGCCUACAACACCAGCUGAAACAAACACAAAUGCAACUGAAGGAGGGAAUAGUUCAUCACCCACAGUUAAACCUGAGAUCACUAAGCCCACAACCAUACCCCCAACCCCAGUUAAAAAGGAUUGCACUGCAACUAGUUGUGGGAAUUCCUUUGCAACUUGCAUCCAGCUCUAUAACUCAUACAUCUGUCAGUGUCCGCUGAGAUAUUUCUUCAAUGAAACCGACUUAUCCUGUACCAGAGGAGACAGUUUCUAUGGGAAUCUUCAGCUUAGCAAUGAGUCUUUCAAUCCUAAGAAGGACUCACAAGAAUACUCUAAUCUUUAUAACAAAGUACUAAACUAUUUUAAGACCUGCUUUGAAAAUGAAACCAGUUAUUCAGACACUAUCAUAACGGACAUCAGCGAAUUGUCCCCCAAAGUCCAGACAAGAAGCACCCGACAGUUAGUUUCAGUGGAUGUGAGCUGUUACCAUGUGUUUAAGCCACAGACAAUAAGUGAAGAGAAGGUGCAGGAGGCAAUAAAUAAAUACAAUGCAUCAAAUUUGCUUGGAAUAUAUUAUCAAAAAAAUAUCUGUGAUGGGUUUUACUGCGAUUCUAAAACAACAAAUUGCCUUCUCCAAGCAAAUUCCGACCCCAUAUGUACUUGCCAAGAUGAGUUCUUCCACACCUCCUCUUCAUUGCUGACAUCAUGCAGAGACUGUGAUCUCAACUGUGCAGGUGAAGGCAAGCAAUGUAUCUGGUCCGACUUCCAUGAAAAAGCCAUUUGUAGCUGCCUUCCAGAUUAUUAUAGUAGAGAUAACUCUUGUGAAAAAUGCCAGUUUGGUUACUCAGGGGAGGAAUGUACAGACAAUUUCCUGCUGAUUCUGGUGAUUGUUGGAUCCAUUGCAGGAGCUAUAGUUAUUGCUUUGCUUGGAACAGUUAUCGGCCUUUCCGUGAAGUCCAGCAGGAGGAAGCGUGACAACGAAAGGAUCCAAUUAAUUACUAAGGACAACAUGGACAGUCCGAAGACUGGGAAUCUCUUCCCCAAAAUCCAGGCCAAAACAGACCUGGGAUAUGUGGACAGUACUUCCAGUGCAUAUGACACAACUGAUGCAUAUUCAAGGCCAAUCCCUCAACAAGACUAUGAUGAUGAUGAUUCCUGGUAUGAAAUGUCCGGGAGGGAGAGAAGGAACUGAGAUCUGUGCAGGUUGCCCUUUAACUGAACUAUAUAAAAUAAAUCCUGCUUUUGCUUUAUCCCAGCCCCAUCUGCAGGUUUGGACUGGGAUUUAAAAUAGGCCCUGACAUUUCAGGUAAAGAGAGGCACAAACAUCCAUCUCACCAGCCCACUAAAUAGUGACUGUCUAUGACAUCUUACAGCAGCCCCUCUGGCAUUUGCCAGAAGCCACAGAUUGUCAGUCCGGGCCUGACUUUCUGCAGGACAGAUUCAGAAAGUUACCUCCUCCUCUACAGUUUAUGUAGGGGGAGAACUGUUUAGUAGACCAAUUUUGACAGCUCAGCCCACAGUGCCAGGAUUCUUACUGAAAUGUCCCACUUUUCCCUUUGAUCUCCUGCACU